GAAGAUAGUAAUAUAAAAUACUGUAGUACUCUUGCUGGCCAUUAAUGGAGGCUUCAAGAAGGGUUGGCUUUCUAUUCCAGUACUGCAGGUGAAGAGUGAAGAACAUGGGGAAGUUCAAAACGGUUUGUGUCUUCUGUGGAAGUAAAUCAGGGAAUAGAAAAAUAUUCUGUGAUGCAGCCCUUAAUCUUGGAAGAGAACUGGUGGAGAGAAAGAUAGAUCUGAUUUAUGGAGGAGGAAGUGUUGGGCUUAUGGGUUUGGUGUCUCCGACUGUUUUCAAUGGUGGAUGUAAUGUUCUUGGAGUUAUUCCAACAGCUCUUGUUCCACACGAGAUAUCAGGCCAUGCAGUGGGUGAAGUAUUAGUUGUCUCAGAAUAG